AACUAGAUAAACAGCAGAACGCUUGCUAGCUAGCGACGCUGACAAGUACGGGCAAGAUAUGUCUCAAAGAUCUAGCUAGCUAGCUAUACAUAUUACUGCCCCGUCAAAAUACUAAAUAAAUUAGUUAUCGAGUGUAAAUUUAGCUAACUAACUAAACGCUAUUUUACUGUCUGAGCAAUGUCUUUGCCAGACAGUGAAGAGACUUGUCUUACUAGUUAACGUGAGCUUGUCUGCUUAUGCUUUAGCUAGUUACAGCUUGCCACAAUGCUUUUGGAUGAUGGCUUCAACUUCCACAGCUGACAUAAAAGUGUGGCAUGAGGGCGACAGAUGCCUCGCUCCCAGCCUCAGAGAUGGCACCCUACUACGAGAGGGGACAAUCCAGAAACUCCCUUCCACUUCUCAUGGUGAGGACAUGGCAUUGGUGAAGUUCACAGAGCAACAUGAUGAAGAUGAAGAAGAGGAGGCAGUCUUUCCAGUCUGUAAACUCCAGAGACCAGACGCAAACCAGUCGUCCACCAGUGUAGUGUCUGCCCAGGAGAAGCCUCUAUUCCUCUGCAGCCAGACACCCCCCGGGCCAUCAGAGCCCUUGGUGUUGUCACAGAGUGGUGUGGCAGUCCCAUACACCAUCAACAGGUACCUGAGGUACUACCAGAAGGAAGGGAUCCAGUUCAUCUAUGACAACUAUGCCCAGUCGAGAGGAUGUAUCCUGGGAGAUGACAUGGGUCUGGGCAAGACCAUUCAGGUCAUUGGUUUCCUGGCUGCUGUGCUGGGUAAAACAGGGACAUGGGAAGACAUUGAGAACAACAGGCCUCAGUUUCUUCUUACUCAGAUCCCCACACAGCGAAGCAAACCCCGAAAGGUGUUCUUGAUUGUGGCCCCUCUGUCGGUGCUGUACAACUGGAAAGAGGAGCUGGAGACGUGGGGUCACUUCCUGACCGUUGUAGUCCACGGUCUGAGGAAAGAGGAGGAGCUGGCUCGCAUCCGGAGGGGACGCUCUGAGAUCGCCCUCACCACCUACGAGACCCUACGCCUCUAUCUGGAGCAGUUUAACAGCAUUGACUGGUCUGCUGUGAUAGUGGACGAGGCCCACAAGAUCAAGAACCCCAACUCCCAGAUCACUGGGGCAAUGAAGGAUCUGAGGUGUCCGGUCAGAGUUGGCCUCACUGGCACAAUCCUGCAGAACAACCUGGACGAGCUCUGGUGUGUCAUGGACUGGGCCAUCCCUCGUUGCCUUGGCAGCCUGGGUAACUUCAAGAAUAUGUUUUCGGACCCCAUCGAACUGGGGCAGAAGCACAGCGUAACUAAGCGGGCCCUAGCGACGGGCAGGAGGGCGGUCCGGGCCCUGGCUGCGAAGCUCUCCCAUUGGUUUCUCCGGAGGACCAAGGCUCUUAUUAGAGAGCAGCUGCCCAAAAAAGACGACAGGGUGGUGUACUGUUCGCUGACGUCGUUCCAGCAGACUGUGUACCAGGCGGUACUGGACACGGAGGACGUCACCCUGCUCUUGCGCUCCUCAGAGAAGUGUGACUGUCACAGUGGACACUCCCGCAGGAAGUGCUGCUACAAGGUGAAUGCUCGGGGUGUGCGUGUGACAGACCUGUACUUCAGUUACUUGGCCAUUCUCAGGAAGGUGGCCAACCACGUGGCUUUGCUGCAAUCCAAGUGGAACACCAGCAAAAAGCAGGAGCAGUAUGUGAAUGAGAUCUGUGAGAAGGUGUUCCAGAAGUUUCCUGACUUCACAGAGAAAUGCAAGCAGGCAGCAUUUGAGGCCAUGUCAGACCCCAUGUACAGCGGAAAGAUGAAGGUUCUCCAGAGGUUGUUGAAACAUUACACGCAGAGAAAAGACAAAGUGCUAUUAUUCUCCCUCUCCACUAAGUUGCUGGACGUGCUGGAGAGCUACUGCAUGGCAGAUGGGCUGGAGUAUAGCAGAUUGGAUGGCAACACCAAGCCCAGAGAGAGGCUGAAGAUCGUCAAAGAGUUCAACAGCUGCCCUGACAUUAACCUCUGCCUUGUCUCCACCAUGGCAGGGGGUCUGGGCCUGAACUUUGUGGGGGCCAACAUUGUGGUCCUGUUUGAUCCCACCUGGAACCCUGCCAAUGACCUGCAGGCAAUUGACAGGGCGUAUCGUAUAGGCCAGUGCAGGGACGUGAAAGUGUUCAGACUCAUCUCUCUGGGAACAGUGGAGGAGGUCAUCUACCUGCGCCAGGUCUACAAACAGCAGUUGCAGUCUUCUGUGAUGGGUAAGGAGAGUGCCCGGCGGUACUUUGAUGCAGUGCAGGGGUCCGACGACCAGAAGGGGGAGCUGUUUGGGAUACAGAACCUCUUCAGGCUGCAGACCCAGGGGACCUGCCUCACCAGGAGAAUACUGGAGCGGGAGGGACGAGUGGAGGUAGGAGUAAUGACGUCCAGCACCCACACAGGGGAAGAGGAGGAGAGGAAGAGCGAGAGCGAGGCUGGGGAGGUUUCCGCAAGGGACCACUGUGAACUGGGCAAUGGAGGGGCGAUUGGCAGUGUAGGGCCCUCGAGGAUCCCCAGGGCAACAACCAGGGGGGUGCUGGACUUCAGCAGUGGCAGUGAGGAGGAGGGGGAACAGGGGGGCAGGAGUAAGGUGGAGAAGGCGAACACUACCCUUCCUGGCCGACUCAGUCUCCUUCAGCAUGGCUUCUCCAGGUUGCUCCAGAGGUCAGGGGUCAGGGCUGGAUCAGGGUCAGAAUCAGGGGAGCAUAGCCAGAGUGAGGGGGGAAGGAGUGAUUCUGAGGAGGACAGUGAUGAAGACACUUCUGCUAUGGCACCAAAGGGCCUCAGCACCGCAGGGAGUGGAGGCCCCCAGACCCCUACAUUGGCCCCCAAGGGUGGGAACCACUUGGAUGCAGCUCCUCUGAAGAACGACUGGGACGUCUCCAGUGGCUCUGAGAGAGAGGAAGAAAGGAAUGGAGGGAGAUGGGAUGGACAGAGGGGGCGAGACCAUGAUCCUGUUACACUGUCAGGAGAGAGUGAUGACAUGGGGAGAAAAAUACCAAAUCUGAAACAAGGAAUAAGGAGGAAGAGGAGGGUGGAGGAGGACAGUGAUGAUGAUUCACCCCCCUCCAGUGGAAGCAAACGAUCUAACACUAAAACUCCAGUUUCCAGAAUGCACCAGGUGGUGUUUGACUCUGAGUCUGAGGACAUAGACAUUGAGGAGCUAAUCAGACCUUGUGCACAAACUCAUGUGCUUAAGAGACCCCCAGCACACCUGAGGAGGAGGGAGAUGGGGAGAGAUGGUGGUAGUAAGAGAGAGACCAGCAACAGACCAGUAGACCAGAGUAGAAGAACCAGACAAGCAGAGGACAUUGAGACUUUUACCUCCUCAGACGAAAACCACACUCCAGUCGAAAGAGUCCGAUCUGUUACAGCCCCACAGAACCACAAUCAUGGCCCAGGCCCACAGACAGACCAACACGGAGCGAGGGCGUUUACAGGUCUGAAAAACCCAAAAGUGAACCAGACUGUCCCUUCUGCCAAAGGACCGCCCUGUGGAACGAUUGACAAUGUGUUAGGUGGUGUACGGGAGGUGGUUUACACCCACUCUAACCAACAUAUGGUGGGCGGGAGCAAGGCCGAGGAGCGAAUCAGCAGAGCCGCUCUCAGAGACGUGUUUGAGCGCAGGAGGUUCUCCCAGCUUCCAGCCAAUGAACUCCGGGACACACAGAAGACCCAGCCUGAACACACUCCACCAUUCCAUACUUCCCAUAAUGAUGUUGGUUGGGUGGGAGCAGUGCACAGACCCAGUGUGGACCACCCAGUCACACACACCAUCAGGAGCGUCCACCACCCCACCCAACACACCACCGUCAUUAUCGGAGAGACCCCCGGAACCAUCCGAAGGCAGCAGCUGGAGGAGAUGGCGUGUGUACUUGGACCUGUUUCAUUGAGACAGUUUGCUGAGGAGGUUCUGAGGAGUACCUCUGCCCAGAGACUGGCUCAGCUACGACAGUACUACACUGACCAGGGCCCUGAGGUGGCUUCCACCAUCAGGGAGAACUUCGCUGAACCACACACAGCAAAGCCCAAAGUUGACAGGACAACCCCUUCCUCCUCCUCUACAACCAAACACAGACCCAACUCCAAAAGGAACCAGAGAGUUGCUCUAGAACCCCAAGCAGAACCUAGAACCCGACAUAGGUCCGUUCCAGAACCCCAGAGGGAUGUUCCCUCUUCUGAGGAGCAGAGGGUCCGGAACGCCAGAGGAGGGAAGAAGAAGAGUGGUAAUAGUGGAAUGUCCAGAGCUGCUCAGUGCUCCAGCUCAGACCUGGACAAUAGUAGGAGUAGUCCUCUGGGACCAGGGGCCUCUAGAGCUCAACCCGUUUCCUCCUCCUCCUCUUCUUCAGCUCUCAGCCAUCCCCAGGCUAAGCCCACAGCCAGCCCUCCGAGAGGGAGGAGCAGCCUGCUGUCCUCCCCCAGGAAGAGUGAGGUUGUGGGGAGGCAGCGGUACAGAGCUCAGCCUUCCUCUCCCCCCAGCCAGCAGGUCCUCCUCACAGAGCUGCUAGGAGACACCUCCAUCCUGGACGACCUGCUGCGACCCAGAAGCAAGGCCUCCUCAGAGCCUCAGACGGGCUUCCCAAAAACCCCUACUUCACAGGCUGUCUUUACACCCACUUCUCACUCUGCCACACCUGCCUCCUGUCACCCUACAACGCCUCCCAAACCGCCCAGCACACCCCACCCUCGGCCCCUGACAAAAUCCGUCCCAGGCCCUUCUUCUAGUACUACUCGUCCCUCUCGAUCCAUCACCACACCCCUCACACACCCCAUUACACCACUUUUCUCUCCAGCCCCUGAGAGGUCAAAGAACAGCCACAGAGACUUCUGGGACAUUUUGGAGGAGGGUAACGAGGAGAGGAUCAACAAACUGACGGACCUGUCGGAGGUAGAGAGGGUGUGUGAGAGUGCUAGCGUCAGGGCCAGAGGAGGAACAGGGGGAGGAGAGGAGAAAGGGAACACGUCACUUUGGAAGAGGAACGACAAGUUCCUGUGGAAGAAGUGAUUCUGGGGGAGACAUGACGACAUGUAUUUUGCGUUCGACUUUUAUUAUUCUUAUGCUUUUUUUUAAACGAAAAAUGUAAUCGUUUUGGUUACUGUAACCUAUCCUGAAAUUAUAGAUCGAUAAGUACGUGUGUGUGUGUGUGUGUGUGUGUGU